CCGGCAACUUGACUAUGAGAGCUGAGGGAAAAGAAGCAGGAUAUUCGUAGUAAAUAUUUGAGUUUGUAUUAAUUUGACAGCCUUUGGAUUUAGAAUCAUACAUCAAUGAACAUCAAGGAAGUAUGAAUCAAUGUAAAGACGACCAAACACGGAGCAUACUGUAUUUCCAGAUGCAGACACACCUGAGCCCCGUAUGAAGGUCUGAGGAGGAGAUGAUACCAGAGCCCACAGCUGCGUCCAGGCAGAAUAAGAACUCUCACGAUGAGGCAAACUCCUCUGCGGCUGUCAAUCAUUCAGAGGAUGAGUCAGGGAAUGAGAACAGACAAAAGAGGGUGAGACGAAGGAAAAGAGCACAUAAGGGCUCUGAGAAUGUCAAGCGCAAACGUGCCAAAGCGAGCCGCAGCAGUGCUGGCAGGGCAGGAGGCAGCCACUGUAAACGGAGGCAGGUGGAGGCCGUCACCCUGUUCGAGGUGGUCACCAUGGGCAGGAGUGCCAUGCAGGUGGUGAUUGAUGAUUGGAUUGAGGCUUAUAUGAUGGACAGGGACUCUUCUCUCCUCGAUCUCAUCAGCUUCUUCAUCCAGUGCUCUGGGUGCAAAGGUGUGGUCACAGCAGAGAUGUGUCAGAGCAAAGAAGACAGUGAGGUCAUGAGUAAGAUGGUCGAGGAGCUGGAUGAGGUCACUGGUCUGCAGUAUAAGAAGUUUCUGGCCUUCCCGUGGAUCCUCACAGUCACGUGGCCCAUGGAUACAGAUAGUGUGGAGUAUCCUCUGAUACAAUCUGGACCGUACGGCCGCUGGUUUCACUCAGAGUUCCAAGAUUUUGUGUCGGUGCUGGUGGCUCAGUGUCAGCACAGCGUCAUAUUUGACAGUUACCUGAUGAACACCCUCAUCUCACUGCUCACCGAGCUGUCAAACUCCUAUGUACGGGCUUUCAGACACACCUGCACGCUAGCAGCGGUGAAGCUGCUGAGCUCUCUGGUGGGCGUGGCUCUUAGCCUGAGCGUUGGAAUUGAAAACAGCCAGAAACUGUUUGAGGUACAGAAGACAAAGACGAUGAGACAGAAAAGCACGCUUCAACUGGACAGAAUACAGAAGAAGAUCACAGAGCUGCAGGAGAAGAGGACGGAGAUAGAGAGCAUGAUGGACGUCAUCUUCAAAGGAGUUUUUCUGAAACGAUAUCGCGAUGUGCUUCCAGAAAUCCGCUCUAUCUGCAUGGAGGAGUUGGGUUUGUGGAUGAAGCUCUACAGUUCUGCAUUUCUCAAUGAUAGCUACCUCAAAUACAUUGGCUGGAUGAUGCACGACAAGAUACCAGAUGUGCGUCUCAAGUGUGUGUUAGGUCUACAGGAUUUGUAUGGAGAUCCUCUGCUACUCCCUAAACUGGACCUGUUCACCAGCCGCUUCAAGGACCGGAUGAUCUCCAUGACCCUGGAUAAGGACAAUGAAGUGGCAGUGCAGACCAUGAAACUACUGCUCCUCAUCUCCAAAACAUCCGACGAUGUGCUCAGCCCGGAGGACUACAAGCAGCUCCUCCAGUUUGUUUUCUCUUCACAGCGCCCUCUUGCGGCCACUGCAGGGGAGCUUCUCUUCUCAAGGCUUCUCAACACUGUAGCCCCUGCAUCUGAUACUCAGGACCAAAUAAAUGAGGAGGAGGCACAUAAACAACAAACCCUUGCCAGGCUGAAGGCUCUACUGCAGUUCUACCAGGAGUCUGAGCUGCACAAGCAUGUGGUGUACCUAGUGGACAGUCUGUGGGAUUGUGGUGGAGCCCUGCUGAAGGACUGGUCCACACUCACAUCUAUACUGCUGCAGGAUCCUUCCCCACACAGUCCAGGUCUCACUCAGGCAGAACAAGCUGUGCUUGUGGAGAUCCUGGUUGCGUCGGUGCGUCAGGCCUCAGAGGGACCAGUGCUGGCAGGAAGGAGCGGAGCAAAGAAGGUGAUGAGUGCCAGGGAAAAGAAGAUUCAGAUUGAUGACUGUACUAAGCUCACUGAACAUCUCCUUGUGGUGAUUCCUAAGUUACUGUCCAAGUUUUCAAGUAGUGGCGACAUUGCUGCCUCCCUGAUGAAGAUUCCUCAGUAUUUCCUCCCUAAGUGUCCUGAAGCUGAAAACACGCAGUCAGUAUCCCGCCUGAUGGAGGAGAUGAGCGCUGUCCUUGAAAUUCACUCAGACCCUGCUGUUGUGGAGGCUGCAGCUUGCACGUACCUCAGUCUGUGUGGGGAGGAGACGGCCUGGUGCCAUAUGGUCCGAGCUGCCAGAGACUCCUUGGUCCAGCUCUGGGUGGACCGACUGACAGCACUGCUGGGCGAUUCACUCGUGGGGGACAGUUUCUUUGCUGAUGAGGAGAAAACUGCAGACAUUUUAGCCACACUGAAGAAACUCAGAGCUUUCCACAACUGUCAUGACCUCCUGCGGUGGAACCUGUUUGAGCUGUUGUCUCCUCUCCUGUCAGUGGAGAGCAGCCAGGGAGGAGCACCGCUGGAGAUCCUGCUGGAAGUGCUUCAGUGUCUGUGUUACUCCAUGCUGUGGUCUCUCAACACAAGUAGUGAAACUCUAACCUCCAGAGAUAAAGCUGUAGUCCAGAGACUCCAGCUGCGUCUCUUCUGUGAGAGGGGCCAUAACUGUCUCUCCCACUCUGACCACAGUGUGCGGCAGCAGGCUUUUCUGGGUGUCUGUGACGUUCUGACGGCUCAUUCCUACCAGCUACACGUGUGGGAUCCCACCUCGUUUGGUCCACUGCUUUACACACCCAGUCCCAAACUGCAGAGGGCGCUGUGGACGUUUGUAUGCAUGAAUGUCUUUGUUGGAGCAGACUGUGACAGCCAGAGCAGUGUCAGUGAAAACUCUGAAGUGGAGAGGCUGGAGGACCUGCACAAACGUAGAAACCUGCUCGCUGCCUACUGCAAGCUGAUAGUACAUGGGGUGCUGGAGAUGAGCAUGGCAGCUGAGGUCUUCAUGUACUACAUGAAGUACUAUAACAACUUUGGAGACAUCAUCAAGGAGACCAUGUACAGGACCAGGCAGAUAGAUAAGAUAGAGAGUGCUCGUACACUGGUGCUCUGUUUGCAGCAGCUUUUUGUUCGUCUCAAGCGAGAGCAGGAGAGCGGUGGUAGGGCUCAGCCAGGAGUCCAGACCUUCACCAGCAUCAAAGAGUUGGCCAGGCGGUUCGCCCUCACCUUCGGGGACCUCGUCAAGUUUCGUGAAUGCGUCGUCAUGAUCCACAGAAAUGGCAUAGAGUUUGUGUUCCAAGAGUUUAGUCAGACCCCAGAAACACCUACUCCAUUGUACCUCUCCUACCUGACCAUCCUCAGUGAGUUCUCCAGUAAACUGCUCAAACCAGACAAGAAAACAGUGUUCUCAUACCUGCAAAAGCACACUGUAGAGCACAUAAUUGACCUCAGGCAGGAGUGCUGGCAGCCGCUUAUCUACUAUCGUGCUUCCCUCUUGGCUGUUGCUGAAGGAGAGGACGCCGUGUCCUAUGUUAGCUCUGACAGGAAGCCCUACCUGCCCAAUCGCUUGCCUUUCUCCAAACAAAAACUGGAUGGAAGCAAGCCCCCUUGCCUGUUCAGCCCCACUGACUCCAAAGUUGGUAAAGUUCACAGGUCCAGCUUCAGUCCAAGCCAACAGGAAAAAACAAAUGAUGUGGAUCCUUUUGCUGUCCCUGUGGAACAUCCUGUAACAAGAUUGAACUUCGAGGGAUCUGUCCUCAGCACGGGCAACGAGGCGGAUGAUGACACUGUGGACGUUGAACUUUAAACGUGAGGGAGCUGUGGAGAAUUGGUGCUUCUGUCCAGACUCCACGACCUCACUGGCCAUCAAACUUUCCUUUUUUUUGUCUUUCUCUGUUCUGAUGUGCAGACAUCCCAGCGUCCAGGUGUGUUGAAAAUGCAGCAUACUAUGUUUAAUAUGAGGACAUAGUUUUAAAGAAUAAGUUAGUGAUAUUCAAGAUUUUUCUUACUGUCAAUAAAUCCUAUGGAAAGACUAAAACCCAACAAGAAUUUGUCCAACUAGUUACCCUUUUACCUGUGUAUCCAAGGCCUUGUUACGUCCCGGUGGCAUCCUCACCAAAUGUGUAUUAAUUUGCAGCUGAAAACCCCAACCAGCUGUUUUAUUAAAUUACUGACUUAUUAAAAAACAUUAUAUAUUUGGGAUCAGGAAAUAAAGAUUUAACUUUUUCAGUAGAAACCAACAGGCUUGGGGCCACAUACAGGGCAUGGAAGUAUUGGAAUGGAAGGAGAUGUCUUUUCAUGUGAUUUGUUAACAGUGAGAAAGAAAGAAUAACACAAUCUUAUUCUUCAAAUAUUAUCAGACUAACGUCAAGAGUAUUUUAUGCAGACCACUUUUAUUUGAGGGCCAAGUGUGAGGUCCAAAAUUUGUCUAAUUAUGUCACUACAUUAAGAAUUCUGCUUUAUUGUCCUGCCUAUUAUUGCUCCUUAUAGGAAAUGGUUAGGUUAGAGUACAUACUAUUAUUGUAAAAUAAGCUAAAUAAAAACAGUGGUACAAAGGUGUA